CGCCGGACUGCGGUCUUCCGCCUGAGCUGCGAUCCUUUUUCCCAAGUCCUUGGGCGUCACUCCCCUUGUGGCAACAUCGCCAUUCUUGACCUACCUAACAAGAAAGUUAUCGCGCAGUGUUGAGUACCGAGCGUAAAUAGCAUCGUACCGAGUGAUAUUAAGUAGCCCGUCUCGGUGCGGUCGAGAGCCCCAAGAGGACUUUUGCUUAAAAGAGGCGAGGUGUUGAGACUUCGCAACAUUCGCAUAGUGCCGAUGCAGCCGCGACCCCUACUGCGCAACACUUUUUGCCAGUUGCAUCUCUGCAGUGUCACGAGAGCGUCCGAUAAUAAGUAGUGCUGACCGCGCACAAUGUUGUAAUACUUGUACCAGCUGUACUGCACCCAUGUGAAUGUGUCCGGUUUUCGCCUCCGUUGAUCGUUGCACUAAUCGACGUCCACAGAUGCCUGUUAUGUCUGCUAGUGGCGAUGAAAAUCCGAUCGUGUUUCUCGACAUCUCAAUUGGAGAGGACAAAGUGGGGCGCAUCAUCAUCGAGCUCUUCAAGAAAAAAACGCCUAAGACUGCUGAGAACUUUCGUUGCUUAUGCACCGGAGAGAAAGGCAUCGGCAAACAAGGGCACCUGCUGCACUUCAAGGGCACCCUCUUUCAUAAAGCGAUUCCUAAUUACAUAGUACAAGGCGGUGAUAUCAUCAAUUUUGAUGGCAGUGGAGGGGAGAGUAUCUACGGAUUGCAGUUUGAAGAUGAAAACUUCUCUUUAAUGCAUGAUGACAGUGGACUGCUUAGCAUGGUUAACUCUGGUCCAAAUUCGAAUAGCUCUCAGUUUUUUAUAACUUUGGGCAUCUGUCCAAACCUGGACAAGUCCCAUGUUGUCUUUGGUAAAGUCCUCAAAGGAUUGAGGAUAGUCCAAGAAAUUUCAGAUGUACCUACUGAUAAUGAUAUUCCUCAAGUUAGGUGUUCUGUGGUGGAUUGCGGGGAAAUCCUAAAAGGUCAAGACUGGGGAAUUCAUGAGGCGGACGGAACCGAGGAUGUAUUCACCCCUUGGCCUGAGGAUCUUGACAUGAAAACUAGAGAGCAUUUAAGUGAUGAAGAGGUGAUUUCCAAGAUAAAGAGCUCAGGAAAUCAUUACUAUAGCAAACGUCAGUAUGGCUUAGCAGACUUGAAAUAUAGGAAAGCACUGCGCUACUUAGAAUACUAUUCUCAGCUGACCAAUAAACCAAAUAAUGAGACUGAUUCUGAAAUGCGGACAGCGUGCCGUCUUAACUUGGCUGCCUGCAAAUUAAAAAAAAAUCAAUAUAGACAGGCACACCAAAUAUGCCAUGAGAUCCUUAAUGAAGACCCAGAAAAUAUUAAGGCCCUCUACAGGCGUGGACAAGCAAGCUUUGGUCUGAACAACUAUGAAGAUGCUUUGGAAGAUUUCAGCAAGGUUAAAAUGCUGCAGCCCAAUGAUCAUGCAAUAAUUAAGGAAAUUAAUAGAGUAAGAGCAGCGAUUGCCAAUUACCUUGUCACAGAAAAAGAAAGCUACGGUAAAAUGUUUAAGAAAUUUUAGUUUAUUCUUAUGAGGCACUGAAUCUUAGUUUUUAAGAAGCCAGACUGUCAAUGUGAGGAGAGGUAAUUCUGUCUUUUAUAUCUACAAGACUUCUAGGUUUGUGUGCGCUAUCGUAAACUGAUGUUUUAUAAUUUAUAUUUAACGAUAGCGCAAACUAACGGGUAUAAAUCAAGCUCAUGUCAUUCGUCGGUUUGCAUCAAGUCUGAAUAUUUAUACAUAUAGGCGACAAAGACUGUCAUGCAUUGCCAAAUACAACCCAUACACAAUCA